UGUUAAAGGUUCAUCAGUGUAUAUUCUUUUUGUGAGUUAUUCUGUUAUUAAUGAACCCGCGUCAUUAAUUAACAACAAUUUUAAAUAUAAUCGGCAAAUAUAAAAUUUUCAAAUCAACAAAUUACAAAAUAUUAAAAAAUGUCGAACAAUAAAACAGUAUUCGUAACUGGAGGAGCAGGAUAUAUUGGUAGUCAUUGUGUUGUUGAACUAUUACAAGCUGGAUAUGAUGUGAUUGCUAUCGAUAAUUUUGUCAAUUCGGUAGACAAUGAAGAUGGUCAAUCAAUUGCUUUAAAACGUGUGGAAACAAUUACCGGAAAACCAGUUACAUUUUAUAAAUGUGAUCUAUUAGAUAAAGAAGCUUUACAGGAAAUUUUUAAUAAACACACUAUUAAUUUUGUAAUUCAUUUUGCGGCAAUUAAAGCUGUGGGAGAAUCCAUGUUGUUCCCUUUACUAUACUACAAAAACAACCUAAUCGGAAUGAUCAAUUUAUUGGAAGUAAUGCGUGAUCACGAAUGUUAUCAAUUGGUAUUUUCAAGUUCUUGUACAGUAUAUGGUGAACCAGAAACAUUACCAAUUACUGAAGAACAUAAAACAGGCAGUAUCACAAAUGUUUAUGGACGUACUAAAUAUUUCAUUGAAGAAAUGUUAAAAGAUGUUUCAAUCGCUGAUAAGAAUUGGAACAUAAUUGCUUUGCGUUAUUUUAAUCCUGUGGGUGCUCAUCCUUCUGGAUUAAUUGGAGAAGAUCCAACAAAACCUUUUACAAAUUUAAUGCCAUUUAUCGCUCAAGUAGCUAUUGGAAAAAAACCAAAAUUAACAAUUUUUGGUGGUGAUUAUGAUACUGAAGACGGAACAGGGAUUCGAGAUUAUAUUCAUGUAAUGGACUUAGCAAUUGGCCAUGUUUCUGCAUUAGAUAUGCUGCAAAAAAAGCAUCAAAGAUUAAAGGUUUACAAUUUGGGUACUGGACAAGGUUAUUCAGUUUUACAAUUACUUAAAACAUUUGAAAGAGUUACAGGCACAACUGUGCCAUAUGAAAUUCAAGAACGUCGACAAGGUGAUAUUACAGCAAUGUAUGCAAAUGCCAGUUUAGCUGAUACAGAAUUGAAUUGGAAAACAAAAUAUACUUUAGAACAGAUGUGUGAAGAUUUUUGGAGAUGGCAAACAAUGAAUCCGAAUGGAUACAGAACUGAAAAAAAUAUUCCAAAACUGAAAGUCAAUGGUCAUUCACAUUCAUAGACCUAUAGCAACAAUAAUUCUGUAUGAAUUUUUUAAUUUAUUUAAUUUAAAAUCGUGA